UAAAUAUCAAUUAAAAGAGAUUACUGUUUAGAUUUCCAUAUUUAAAAAUUCAAAAGUCAAUUAUAAAUAAAUAUAAAUUUAUAAUAUAUGGUUAUAUAAAAUAUAUAAAAUAAUGACACUCCUGAGUGAACAAAAUAAUCUCCAGGCCAACUUCUACACACAAUUGAUACAUAAUUCACUGCAGACAGCCACUACAUCUGAUACAGAUCUUCAUCAUGUUAAGUCAGUACACGAUCUUUCCACUCAAAUUGAUGCAACCGCGGAAAUCAUGAUAACGACGCUUGGUAAAAUUCCAAAUGAAAUGUAUUACUUGGAAGAUACAACUGCCGGUAAAAAAAUUGCAGCUUACAGUACCGAAUCGCGCACAAUACUGGACCACAGUCAUACCACCUUGGCUUCGAUCGAAACCGCCAAAUCUGACGAAUACUCUGAACGUUCGACGUUGCUAAUCAUUUUGCUGACCACACUCCUAAUUAUAUUAUUCAUGUGUUGCGUCACAGCGUGUAUUAUUGCAAGAUCCAGGAGCAGACACGCUUUCCUCGCGAAGAGCGACGUCGAGUGCAGCCCGGAUUGUGGGGGUAUAAACCAGCCUCUGCUAGACAAGGCUUCCGAUACAACCAGCAAAACUAACUCGAUGCGAAACUGAAGAGGGGCCCGUUUCGUGGAGCGUCUCGACCAUGAUAUUAUUCCUCAACUUCACUGAGGAACGCGACAAAAAAUAUCUCCCUGGAGUAAGCGUUCUUAACCUCAAAAUUGUCACACACAAAUUGUCGCGAGAUACCUACGCACGAAAGCGAGGUGAGUCCGAUAGACAGAUGGAAUCAGAAGGAAGGUGAACAGGAAGGAGAGGAGACACGAAUGAGAAACAAACGAUCUUGUGACGAGGAGUAGCUUACCAGGUUUAACUGGCGUUGCUGUGGACGCCGGUGUGGUGCCGAAUGCGAACGUGGGUGCGGGCGUCGACGCGGACGCGCCGAAG